AUGACCAAGGACAGUGCCCUCAGGACAGUGCCUUCAGAGCAGUGCCCUCAAGACAGUACCCUCAGGACAGUGCCCUUGGGACAGUGCCCUCAGGACAGUGCCAUUGGGACAGUGCCCUCAGGACAGUGCCCUCGGACCCUAAAAAAGCAAGGCCCCAAAAGCAAGGCCCCAAAAGCAAGGCCCCAAAAGCAAGGCCCCAAAAGCAAGGCCCCAAAAGCAAGGCCCCAAAAGCAAGGCCCCAAAAGCAAGGCCCCAAAAGCAAGGUCCCAAAAGCAAGGCCCCAAAAGCAAGGCCCCAAAAGCAAGGCCCCAAAAGCAAGGCCCCAAAAGCAAGACCCCAAAAGCAAGGCCCCAAAAGCAAGGCCCCAAAAGCAAGGCCCCAAAAGCAAGGCCCCAAAAGCAAGGCCCCAAAAGCAAAGCCCCAAAGCAAGGCCCCAAAAGCAAGGCCCCAAAAGCAAGGCCCCAAAAGCAAGGUCCCAAAAGCAAGGCCCCAAAAGCAAGGCCCCAAAAGCAAGGCCCCAAAAGCAAGGCCCCAAAAGCAAGGCCCCAAAAGCAAAGCCCCAAAAGCAAGGCCCCAAAAGCAAAGCCCCAAAAGCAAGGCCCCAAAAGCAAGGCCCCAAAAGCAAGGCCCCAAAAGCAAGGCCCCAAAAGCAAGGCCCCAAAAGCAAGGCCCCAAAAGCAAGGCUCCAAAAGCAAGGCCCAAGAUAAAGCAAGCACAUGA